GGCCAAGGGGGGUGGCGAUCUGGUUGCUCCAGAUCUUGAGCUGUUGAUAGCAUUUGUCUUGCUUCUGUCGAGGUCAAGAAUCAGACCGCUGCCAUGGGCGAUGUGAUUGUCGGGAUUCUUGUGGUGGUGCUGGGCGGAACCCUCAGCGGCUUGUUUACGGCGCCCAUGAGCUACAACAAGGGCUGGGCUUGGGAGAACGGCUGGUUGAUCUACUCUAUUUAUGCCAUGCUGCUCUGCCCUUGGAUCUUUGCAUUUUAUGCGCUGGACGAUCUGCCGCAAGUUUAUCAGGAAUCGCCCGCCGAAGCCAUUGGUGCAGCUAUUGGCCUCGGGUGCUUGUGGGGCAUUGGCUCCGUCUUAUUCGGCCUCGGAGUCGAUGCCGUGGGUCAUGCUCUAGCUUUUGCCAUCAUUUUGGGGUUGACCUCAGCCAUUGGUGCUGCAUUGCCCUUGGUGAUUCUGCAUCCGGAUGAUAUCGGUUCCCGCACUGGCAUCUUUACUUGGGUUGCUCUGGGUGUGGUCAUCAUCGGUCUAGUCGUGCUAGCCAAAGCGGGUGCUCGCCGCGAGCGGGAACAAAAGGCUGGCGAGACAAAGCCCCUCCUACUGAACGAUGAGAUUGCCGUCUUGGACAGCAUCUCUCACCAGCCGGGCCACGCCUCCUUUGCUCGUGGCUUGAUUAUCUGUCUCAUCUCUGGCCUAGCGUCGCCAUGCUUGAAUUUAGGCAUUACCUUUGGCGACGAUGUGAGCAAGAAGGCCAAAGAUCUCGGUAACUCAGCAACCUUUGCCGACAAUGCUACCUGGUGCUUGAUGUGGGCGGAGGAGCCAUUCCCAACGUGCUCUACUGUCUCUAUCUACUCACCAAAGUCAGUGUACCAACCACUCAGCACAAGCAGUGCUCCUGGCAUUGCAUCAAAUGCCAGUCUUUGA